AUGAAUCCGGCUCCACACCCCCAGGUCCUUAUAAUUGGAGGCGGCAUUGGAGGAUUGACACUUGCUGUUCUUUGCAGAAAGUUGAACAUUUCAUACCUUGUCCUCGAGCGUUCUAAAAAGUUCUCACCUGUCGGAGCCGGCAUCUCUCUUGCGCCCAAUGCAUUGCGAGUCUUGGACCAAUUAGGGCUAUACGAGGAUAUCGUCCGCCAUGGGCAAAGCCUCGACAAGAUACUCAUUCAUCGGAACAAGACCAAGUGGCGAACCUUAGACUUCACAUGUGUCAAAUCGUCAUUUGGAUACCCGGUUUACUCAAUUGAGAGACACUAUUUUCACCACCUACUAUAUCAAGCCGCUGAUGGAGACAAAACCGUCCUUCUGGAUUCCACAGUGGUGGAUAUUAUCGACGACCCCACAGCACCUCAUGUUAUUGUCAAGUAUGGAAACGGCUGCCAGACCAAUGCGGACGUGGUCGUUGGUGCAGAUGGCAUUAGAUCUGUCACUCGAAGGAUCUUGGCCCGUCAAGCUGGACUGGACGCUAAGAACACCAUCCGUUUCACGGGCAGAGUGCACAUGUCGGGAUAUACGGCUCCAAUGGAGAACUUGGGAGCCAAAGACCUUGGAGUGGGAAAUUGGUUGUUCUACGAUGAUGCCAUAUUGACCACAUGGCCUUGUGUGGACAAUAGGCAAUGGUUUAUCGGCGUGAAGAAAGCCGAUCUCCAAGACCAAGAAAAACUAAACCGAUCCGUCUGGGCAAACGUAACUCCGGACAUGGUGAACGAUGCCUACGGUGAAAAGUUCCAUCCCUUUGCCGAGAGCGGCGAGUUCAAAGAUAUUGUUGACAAAUCCGAACGUGUUAUUGCGAGCAAUGUUUUUGAGGAGAUGGAUUUUCCUACAAUGUCAAAUGGAAGAGUAGCGCUACUUGGUGAUGCCGCUCACUCUAUGACCUCCUUUUUUGGCCAAGGUGCUUGCCAAGCCAUCGAAGAUGCUACCGAGCUUGCCAAUGCUCUCCAAUCAUAUUUCUCCGCUCCUUACAAGGAAGACUCCUCUACCGAGAAACCCGCUCAGAGAGAGGCUUCAAGUCUUGCGCAGACUCUGGGAGCCUACAGCGAUAAGCGCGGCGAGCGAGCCAAAGCGCUCGUCUCAUUUUCAAGCAACUACGCAAAAGUACAUACGGGGAAAUUACCAUACGGCAUGGGCCCGUUGGUCAGGAAGCUGAUCUUUGCGUAUUUACCUGCGUGGGGAUGGAUGUGGGGAUUGACUUGGCUCUAUGGGUAUCAGCCUACGGUCGAUAUUAUUCGUGAUCCCUUCUCUUGA